AUGGCAAGUGGAUCUCGACCCAGGGCAACAUUGGCCCAGAAAAUCAAGGUGUUGGACUUGUAUCACCAAGCCAAUAAGUCACAAGCGGAGAUUGUAAAACAUUUUGAGUCGGAAUUUUCCAUCUCCACAUCAUCAAUGAGCGAAUGGCUCAAAAAAGAAGAACAUCUUCGACGGCGUUUCAACGAAAUUGGUUCAGCGCUGUUGAAAAACUCUCGGCGUGAAUCCAAUCAAAAAUAUGAGGAAAUCAAUCGAGCAAUGGACUUGAUGGUGCAACAGCGACUAGAACGUCGAGAGCCUGUGAGCGAAACUAUAUUACGAGAAUACUGGUCUAUAUAUGCCCACCAGUACGGUGUGGACGACCCGAAGCGCCUUGUGGGAUUUAGUCAUGGUUGGCUCUGCCACUUCAAGAAAAGACACGGAUUGACUCGCAAGCAUGGAACUUCCCCUGAAACUGUUGACGGUUCCAAUACACCAAAUCGCCUGUUCAUUACACCAGGAGCAGAUGACACAGCUACUGCAUCUCCCACCGAUGCUGAGCCCAGAGAGAGCGUUUACCUCGAAGGAUCUCGCAAUGCUAUGAACGACAGUAUGAGCACACUGAGUCUCAGUAACGAGCCCAUGAGCACAAACACAACGCUUAUGAACGGCGACACACAAAGCAACAGAGAUGACUACGAAAAUAAUCCUCCUUAUGAAAUCAUAAACCAACCGUACCAAAACUCCAUGAAUUUUAACAAUUUUGAGUAUGGUCGACAGCCCUCACAAAACCCACCUCAGGCGCAACAAGUACCACAGACUCAACAAGCUUCCCAAACUUCUCAGAAUCCCCAGGCUACCCAGGCUUCUCAGGCUCCAUAUGAACCAAUAGCUCAUCGAAUUCGUGGUGUACGUCGCCAGCAAAUAUCUGCACCUCCACCACCGCAUCCUCAAGAACAGCCCUCUGGCAACAUGCCACCACAACCACCGGCUUUAUCCGCAGGACACCCAAACGGGCCGCAGCUACAUCUGCCAGUGAGGUUCAAAGAACACGCUUCUCUAGAUUAUUUGAGACAACGCAAUCGUGAAAGAGUCCUGCCUCAAUCACCCAGUGCAUCUCGCAGUCCACCCAAUGGCCAAAUAGCCACAGAUUCAAACGAAACUAUUAUUAUCAAUGCCUCUGAUAUGGAAAGAUUUAUCUACCAGUAUGCUGAUAGUUUCUUCCAUCACCAUCAGUUUGAAUACCCCCAAACCCUGAAACUUUUCCAAGAUUUCAAAAACACAUUCUUCAAUGAGCGUAUCGUGAACCUAAGAACUAUGCAACAACAGAUGAUGAGGCAACAAAUGAUGAGACAACAAAUGAUGAGACAACCUGAAGCCAACGGCGAAAUCAACCAUAUAAGACAAGAUCCUCAGCCCAAUAUUGCGCCGCCCCCAAAGCGUGGACGCAAAAGAAGAGGCGUGGUGGCUCAACAACAAUCUCCAUCACAACCGGUGCCUUCCAAUGGUCCACCAGUUGGACCACCACCUACAAGUAGCAGUACGAGGGAUAUGAUUGAGGAUUUUUUUAUUCGAGAAGAAGUCAACGCUGGUACAGCCCGUCAACAGACGCUCAAUGCUCGUAAGCGCUGGAAGGGAAGUGCUGCUUGA